GGUUGCCUUGGUGAUGGUUGUUACGGCUACCUAAGACGCUUUAGUGGGCCCUGAGGUGCUUCUCGAGUGAAAAAGUAGAAAAAAUAAGAACUUAAGAAGUCCUCAGCUUAGAAGAAUUCUCUUGUCUUCAUGUCAUACUCCACGAGUCCAAGGCGUACUGGAUUGCCCCGGACCGUACUGCGAUGGCUGCAGAGCCUUGACCUCACUUUCUCACCAAUGCACUUCCGUAGGGAUUUUUCAAAUGGCUAUCUUAUUGCUGAAAUAUUCUCUUGGUACUAUCCAGAAGACAUUCAAAUGCAUUCCUUUGUAAAUGGAACCUCCUUAAGUGUCAAACUCAGUAACUGGUCACUGCUCGGAAAGUUUUUUACAAAAAGAAACCUGAAGCCUACACGAGAACUAAUUGAUGGGACAAUUCACUGUAAACCAGGAGCUGCAGAAAUAUUUGUACAAGAUAUUUAUACAAUGCUGACAAACAGACGUAUAAAACAAAUUCAGGAUGAAGAGAUUGACUUUACAGAUCGUAUUUACCAGGAUAAAUUACCACUGGUUGCUAGAUCAACUGCUUCAAAGGCUAUUAAAAACAAUCUCAGUUUGACAGAAAUAAUGGUAGAGCCUAAUAUUUACAAAAACAAACAGAAAAUAAAUGCCAUCAUUGAUAUACACAUGCAGCGAAGGUUAAUGGAGAGGGAACAAAAUCCAGCACGGUUUGGUAUUAAACCAACAUUGAGAGAACUUACCAUUCGUCGCCCUUCUAUUUUGGUUCAUUCGUUGAGUACAACUAAUCUUCAAAAGGAAAAAUCUGUUCCUGUGCCAAGUAGUAAGCAUUCUUUUUCUGAUUUGAAAGUCAAAGGUUACAGUUCUAUUCAAAUGGGCUGUAUGGAGGUAUAGCAUCCACAGAAAUCAGGGGCAAAAUGGGUGUUCAUUUCAAAACUAUUCACGUGAAACAAGCUGAGAGAUACCCAUUUGAUGUGAACAUUAAU